GGCGCCUCAGGAAGAGCUCGGCCUCGCCCUUGGGGCUCCAGGUCCCCCUCGCCCCCAAGGACCCACGAGUGCUGGGUUCCGCGAGCACUGAGUUCCGCGCGUUGCGAGGAAGUGGUGACGGGAACCCUGAUUGCUGUUCUUCAACAUAUUCAUUAUGAAGUUUUUAGUAAUACUUUUGUUUUCUGGAUUUAUAACUGACUGUAGAGGUAACUCUUCCUCUGUUUUACCACCCAAGUUACUGCUGGUGUCCUUUGAUGGUUUCAGAGCUGACUAUCUACAGAACUAUGAAUUUCCUCAUCUCCAGAAUUUCAUCAAGGAAGGUGUCUUAGUAGAACAUGUUAAAAAUGUUUUCAUCACAAAAACAUUUCCAAACCACUACAGUAUUGUGACAGGCUUGUAUGAAGAAAGCCAUGGCAUUGUGGCUAACUCCAUGUAUGAUGCAGCCACAAAGAAACAUUUUUCCGACUUCAAUGACAAAGAUCCUUUUUGGUGGAAUGAGGCAGUUCCUAUUUGGGUGACCAAUCAACUUCAGGAAAACAGAUCAAGUGCAGCCGCUAUGUGGCCUGGUACUGAUGUACUCAUUCAUAACACCACGCCUUCCUAUUUUAUGAAUUAUAGCCCCUCAGUGUCAUUUCGGGAGAGACUAAAUAAUGUUACCAUGUGGCUGAAUAAUUCUAGCCCCCCAGUCACCUUUGCAACACUCUAUUGGGAAGAACCAGAUGCAAGUGGCCACAAAUAUGGACCCGAAGAUAAAGAAAACAUGAGCAGAGUGUUGCGAGAAAUUGAUGACCAUGUUGGUGACCUGGUCCAAAGACUCAAGAUGUUAGGGUUGUGGGAGAAUCUUAAUGUCAUCAUUACAAGUGAUCAUGGGAUGGCGCAGUGUUCCCAGAGCAGAGUGAUAAACUUGGGCCGCUGUCUGGAUCCUUCUGCCUACACCAUUAUAGAUUUGACUCCAAUUGCUGCAAUACUUCCCAAAAUAAAUAUAACAAUGGUUUAUAACAAACUGAAAAUGUGUGACCCUCACCUUAAUGUAUAUCUCAGAGAAGAUAUUCCUGAAAGAUUUUAUUACCGACAUAAUGAUCGUAUUCAGCCUAUUAUUUUGGUUGCUGAUGAAGGCUGGACAAUUGUGCUAAAUGAAUCAUCACCCAAAUGUGACCAUGGUUAUGACAAUUCCUUGCCCAGUAUGCAUCCGUUUCUAGCUGCCCACGGACCUGCGUUUCACAAAGGGUACAAGCACAGCACGAUUAACAGUGUGGACAUUUAUCCAAUGAUGUGCCAUAUCCUAGGAUUAAAACCACAGCCCAAUAAUGGGACUUUUGGUCAUACUAAAUGCCUGUUGGUUGACCAGUGGUGCAUUAACCUUCCCGAAGCCAUCGGGAUUGUUAUUGGUGCACUCUUGAUACUAACUACUCUCACAUGCCUCAUAAUUAUCCUGCAGAAUAGACUGUCUGUGCCCCGUCCAUUUUCUCGACUUCAGCUACAAGAAGAAGAUGAUGAUCCUUUAAUUGGGUAACAUAUGCUGGGGUUUAUGCAAAGCAUCUCUGAUUAGUCACAAAACUAAAGAUACAUCCGAGGAAUAGUGUUAUAACUAUGAAAAAAGUAUACUUUGAAAGACAAAGAACUUGGGCCAAGAUUGCUAAAAUUAUUUUGUUUUUUCUUCCAUUUUAUUUUGGUGCAUUUCCUAAUAACAUAACUCUGACCAUAGUAAAAUUGAUAGUCAGUUAUUAUUAGUUAGCAUUAUUGUUUUUCUAACAAGAAAUAGCAUUUGAGAAAAAUAACCCCUUUGACAUUUUUGUUUUUAUAGUGAAGAUGUGAUACAUCUUUAAAUGAAAAUAUACCAAAAUUGAGUAGGCAUCCUUUUCUAAUAAAUUUAUAUAUUUGUAAAUGAAACAACAGAACACUUUAUGCAAUUCAUGAAUUUUGUGUAUCAGGGAGGAAUCAUUUUCUAUAUUUUUGUAUUUAUCUUAAAUUAGUUUGUAUCUCAAGUAACUUCUUGAGGUAGGAAAUUAUCUGUGAUGGUUAAUAAAAUGGUUAACCAAGCAGAGAAGAUUUAGUGUAUGAAGGAAUUAUUUGAAGGAGUUAUUAAAAAAAAAAUAGCAACCUAGUCCAUGUGAUACAAAGCCUGAAUGGUUAGUUACCAUAUGUCUUAAGCUGUUGAGGUCUUAAAGGUUUUACCUUUUGAAUAGUA